AGCACCACCCAGCCAAAGUGUCCAGAGGCAGAAGGGAUCAAACACUUGCUGAAUCGUCUGAUCAUUUUGGAAAAGUUGGUGAGGGACAUAAAGGGACAAUGUUCAACACCCUGCUGCGGCAAUGUGCAGAGUGGUGCCGAUGACCCUUCCAGUCUCAAGCCCCCUGACUGCCCCCAGAAUGUUGAUGACUGCCCAGGGGGCUGUGGAGGUGAUGCAAGGGGUACUUGUGUUGAUGGGCAGUGCCAGUGCAAAGAAGGCUUCAUGGGUGACAAAUGCCUCCUGAAGACCUGCCCAGAGGACUGUAAUGACCAAGGCAAAUGCACAAAUGGACGUUGCAUCUGCUUUGAAGGAUACUCAGGAGUGACGUGUAGCAUCAAAGCUUGUCUAAACAACUGUCACAAUCAUGGGAAGUGUGAGGAUGGAGUGUGCAACUGCGACAGCGGAUAUUCAGGAGAAGACUGCAGCUCCCGAGUCUGCCCCAGGAACUGUCUCAACCGUGGAAGAUGCGAAAAUGGACUUUGUGUCUGCUACCCCGGAUACGCAGGGGUGGACUGCGGCUUUACAAGCUGCCCCAAUAAUUGCAACAACCGAGGCGUCUGCAAAGACGGCGCCUGCGUGUGCAACACUGGUUUCACUGGAUCGGAAUGCGACAUCAGAAGCUGCCUCCAUGACUGUAACAACAAUGGCAGAUGCAGUGAUGGGGUCUGCGCUUGUAACCCAGGGUAUUUUGGGGAGGAUUGUGGCUAUAGGGGUUGUCCUGAAGAUUGCAACGAGCAGGGCCAAUGCAUUUCUGGCAAGUGCGUGUGUGAUGCUGGGUUUGUUGGGGCGGACUGUGGCACCAGAAUCUGUUCGCCGGAAUGCGAGAGACGGGGCCGAUGUGAAGAUGGUGAGUGCAUUUGUAACCCGGGCUUCACUGGGCAAGAUUGUGAGAUCAGAACUUGCCCCAACGAUUGCCACAAACAGGGCCGAUGCGACGAUGGGAAGUGUAUAUGCGAUCCUGGCUACACAGGACCAGACUGUAAGAUAAAGGCCUGCCCCAACAAAUGCAACAACCGGGGACGAUGUGAAAACGGCAUUUGCAUCUGCAACCCUGGAUUUUCAGGCCCGGAUUGUGGUGUCAGGACUUGCCCCAAAAAUUGCCACGACCGAGGUCGGUGUGAAGGAGGCGUGUGCUUUUGUGACGCCGGAUAUAAUGGUCUGGAUUGCGGAACCAAGAGAUGCCCCAAUGACUGCUACGACCGGGGGCAUUGUGAAGAUGGGGUAUGCGUUUGUGAUUAUGGGUUUACUGGGCAGGACUGCGGGUCUAGAACAUGCCCCAACGACUGCUAUAACCGGGGCCGGUGUGAAAAUGGGAUGUGCGUUUGCGACGCCGGAUAUAAGGGAGAGGACUGCGGCAUCAGAACUUGCCCUAACGACUGCCACGGUCAGGGGCGAUGUGAGGAUGGGGUGUGCGUCUGUGAUUUUGGAUACACGGGUAUAGAUUGUGGUUCUAGAACCUGCCCCAGUGAUUGUUACAACCAUGGAAGGUGUGAAGACGGCCAAUGUAUUUGUGAAGCUGGAUAUACCGGUCAGGACUGUGCAUCCAGAACAUGUCCGGAAAAUUGCAACAACCGCGGCACAUGUGAUGACGGGAAGUGUAGUUGUCAUUCUGGAUACACAGGUCCCGACUGUGGAUCCAGAACUUGCCGCAAUGACUGUAACGGCAGGGGCCGGUGUGAGGAUGGCAUCUGCAUAUGUGAUCCUGGAUAUACGGACAUAGACUGUGGACUAAAGAAUUGUCUAAAUGACUGUCAUAACCGAGGACAAUGUGAUGACAGUGUAUGUAUCUGUAACUCUGGAUACACAGGCCCAGACUGUAGCGAGAGAACUUGUCCAGAGGACUGCCAUAGCCAUGGAAGGUGUGACAAUGGAAAGUGUGUCUGUGAUCCUGGAUAUGUCGGUUUGGACUGCGGAUCUCAAGCUUGUCCAGAAAAUUGCCAUGUCCACGGACAGUGCCAAGAUGGAGUCUGUAUCUGUAACUCUGGUUUUACAGGGCUGGAUUGUUCAUCCAAAGCCUGCCCUAAAAACUGUAACAACAAAGGGCAAUGUGUAAACGGAAAGUGUAUCUGUGAGGUGGGUUAUAUAGGGCCGGUCUGCGGAACAAAGGCCUGUCCAGGGAACUGCAACGGACACGGCAAAUGUGUGAACGGGGUCUGCACCUGUAAGAAGGGGUACAGCGGCCCGGAUUGUACAAUAGACAUACUCAUAGAGAUUGUCGCCGUCACCGGCCUUCAGGUCAUUACACAGGAAGAAUCCGCUAUCACCCUGGAGUGGGAUCGGCCACAAGCUGCCCCUGAUUCCUAUGACAUCUCUUUCAAAGCCAAGAAGGAAAAUGGCAUUAUAAGCACCACAAUUGAGGGCUCAUUGACCUCCUACCAUCAGACUGGUCUGGCUCCUGGAGAAGAGUAUAUUGUGAACAUUCAACCCCGCAAAGGCCCAACUUUAGGACCAGAAACUUCUAUAACUGCUACGACAAGAAUUGAAACUCUACGGGGUCUCCGAGUGACCGAAGCCACCUCUUCCUCAUUAUUCAUAAGAUGGGAGAGACCCCAGGUACUACCUGAUCGAUAUAUCGUUACUCUGAUCCAUCCAGAUGGCAAGGAGAAGAAAAUGAGGAUCCCUGGAAAGAUGGACAGAGCCAAGGUAUCCGGACUGGAGCCAGAUACAGAGUAUAGAAUCAUACUGAGAACAGAGAAGGAACAGGAGCAGAGCCAGGACACAGAGACCACUGGAGUCACAGCUGGAGAAGAAAGAAAGCGUUCGAAUGUUGAGGAAAAAGACAAGGAUCGUGGAUCAGUGGGGACAUCUCGUACUGUCGAUACCUCUGAAACUACAAUACAGAGAAAUCAACAUUUUUCAUCAGUACCCAAAAAAGACCUCUCGCUAGGAGGGGAGGAUGAUGGUAUUCUUACCAAGGAAACUAGAGAGAUCAUUACAGGAGGACAAAAAGGAAGCAAAUUAAUACAUACAACAAAAAACAUAACAACCAUUAUUACAACCAUAUACCAAACCCGUCAUCAUCAGAAUGGGAGGGUAGUUAACGUCCACCAUGAAACAGAAGAUUUAGAUCACUCUUCUACCAUACCACCCCACAGUGAAGAGGACUUUGUAAUAACAAGUGUGAAGGUAGAUGAUGAUAUAGAUCAAUUAACCCCAUUGGAUAGUAUAAAUAACUUGCCAGGAAGGAAAGCAGAAAAGUGGAUGGUUACAAAGAACAUUACUCAUAUCACAACAGUUUCUAAAGAAAGUCCUACCAAACUGCAAGAAGAAGAAAUAGAAGAAGAUGUGCAUCGAACUACAAGCACCCAUUCUAAAGUUCGUUUUCCUGGAGGUGGGCGGCUACCAGGAACUUCUAGUGUUGCCAAAAAGCUUCGGGAGAUUGAAUUAUUGAAGAAGAAAAGUGUAAGUCAGUCUAGUAAUGAUGAAAAACCAACCCCAGUUUAUCCAGAGGGUCCAUUUGGUCCUUCAAAAACUGAAGAUAUUCUCCAUAAAUUACCUCCCCCUGUACAUCAGGAUCAUCUGGAGAUUUUAGAAAGUGAAAUAACAUCAGAAACACCAACAGAAAGCAAUUUUGAAACUGAACAGACUGGAGGUAUAGGUGGAAAUAACUUAGGAGGUGAACACUCUGAUCCUACAAAAUCUAGAAAGCAGAUUACGACUUUAGUCAAGUUAAACAGAACUGUUAACACCACCAGAAGAAAGGUGAUAGGUGGAGAUGACAACAAGGUAACCCAUAAUGAGACAGUAGUAGUAGAAAGUCAUAAGGCUGUAAGGGAACCUGGAGGAAAGGUCAAGAAUCACACCAGAAUAUUGGGACCUCAAAUGAAGUCUGUUAUUGAGAACUUGCCAGAGAAACUUUCUUUAUAUAAUGGAACAUUUAUUCAGCGAUUGGAGAGUUACUUAAGGUCUACUUCAUACCCACUAAAAGGCAACCAAACAGUUGAAACUAUAGCCAGGGCAAUAUAUCUUUAUUUAGUCAAAUGGAAACCAGACAGUUUUACAGAAAUGGUGUAUGAUCGCCUACCUCAGAAGACUCCGGGUGCCACAGGGUACUCAGAACCCAUUGGGGCAUCAAGAUUGCAAGGCAAUUUUGGAAACGCAGUAGAAGAAAGUAGAGUAAAGAAUUUAGGCAAUACUACAGAUCAAACAGAUGAGGGAGCAGUAUUGGUGAGAAGGCCAGACUCUUCGAAAACGUUUUUGGUUGUUCCAAGUGUAAAGACACUAGGAAGAGUAGAAGCUGUUGGAGAGAUAGAGGGUCCUGACACAUUACCAGUAAGGAACUAUGACUCUACUUCUGAAGUUACAGAUAGAAAUGGGGAUGUACAAGACAAAGAAAAAUAUGAAUUGACAAAUGUGAUUGAUUCAGACUCUAAACCUGCUCCUUCUAAGCCAGUAUUAGAUAAAAGUAAAGGUUCACGAAAGCCACCUCCUAAAAAGCCUACCACACCAGAGAAAGAAAUUGGGAGGAAAGAAGAUAAAAAAAAGCCAAUCUCUGAAACAAAGAAGGUCGAAAAGGCCACUAAUCAAGAAGAGCUGGAGAAGUUCCCACCAAGUUUGCAUGUUACAGAUUAUGAAACCCCCUCAAGAAUAGGCACUUUAGGAAGGCCGACCAAAAAACCCAAAGUGAAGCCAUCUUUAAGCUCUGUGGUACAAAGCGGUACACUAAAUGUUGACCCCACUCCAGGUACCAGUUUACCUAAUAAGGAGACAGACAAAAGAGUGCACCUUUUACGGGUCAUAGAUGAACCUAAUAACCAAGAUAAAUCCUCAGUAGUUAACCAGAUUCCAGGCUCUGGUGAAGGCCAAGGCAAAGCAGAUCCAAUCCAAAGUCCAUCUUUAGCAAAGGUCCCAGGCCCUGAGGCUCAAGGAAGACCUAGCAUCCACCAGAGAAGUUCUACCAGCUUGGUCAUAUCAUUAGAAGGCCUUGGAUUUCUGUGGGACAGGGUAAUCAUUCUUUAUAGUCCAUGGCCACCCACGGAUGGUGUGACUCCUCAAAAGAUGGAGGUGGACAGAGGCACAAGGCAGGUGGAAAUUCAGGAUCUUAGACCAGGAACCAGCUACAGAUUUGACCUUCACGGGCUGCUGAGGGGCCGCUCAUCCAAGUCUUACUCAUUGGUGGCGGAAACAGCCCCGUUAAACACCGCGCCACCUCACACUGAAAGGAGCACCCUUCCACCAUACACAACCACAACCACGGCUUCUACAGUAUCUCCUAGACUUCCACUGGGUGGUCUUGAAGUGAGAGACAUCACAAGUGACAGUGUCUCCCUGAUUUGGAAGGCCAAGUCUAAUUUUUUUGAAUCGUUCUUGGUCCGCUAUGAAGACGUGAGUGGUAGCGCCACAUCAAAGGAGACUUCUGUUCCCGGGCAGCAGCGCGAGGUGACACUGCGGGAUCUGACUGAGAGGACCAGAUAUGCAGUGUCAGUGUAUGGCAUAAGGGGAGGGAAGCUAUCACGACCACUGAAGGAAGAGGUGACAACAGAUGCUGCCCCUGGUGAAGACAUCCCAAAGCCUCCUCGCCUUUCCCCAAUCUCCGUAUCGGACGUGCAGACAGAUUCCUUCCGUAUCACCUGGGAGCCCCUUGAUGGAGAUUUUGAUGCUUUUGUCAUCCAAUAUGGCCCCCCUGGAGGACCCACCCAGGAGGAGACUGUGCAGGGAGACCAGACAACGUUCCUGAUCACGGGGCUGCGGGCCCAAGUUAAUUACACAGUGGAGAUCCGAGGUGUCUGGGGAGACAGUUACACCAACCCGGAGACUGCCCAUGUGUUUACAGAAAAGCUUCAGCCUCCGAGACUGGAGUCGCUUUCCCCAUCCGACAUCCGCAGCGAUUCUGUCCAUCUCACCUGGGAGGUCAAAGGUAGCGACUUUGAUUCCUUUCUUCUUUCCUAUCGGGAUGGAGAAGGACAACCACAAGAAAUUCCUCUGGAAGGAGAUGUGAGGUCCUAUGAUGUGAAAGAAUUGAAGGCCGGGAAGAAAUAUAAAUUCACCUUGCAUGGCCUAAUAGAAGGGAAGAGAACCAAACCAGUGACUGCCGAAAUCACUACAGAGAAAUCCGUUCCUCCUCGCCUGGAGUCACUUUUUGCAUCUGACAUCCUCAGUGACUCCCUCCGUCUCUCCUGGGAAGUGAGUGGAGGGGAAUUCGACUCCUUCCUUCUUCUGUACCGCGAUGUGGAGGGCAAACCCAAGGAGCUCACAUUGGAUGGAGAGCAGCGCACGCUUAGCGUUGAAGAUCUGAAACCUGGGAAGAAAUAUAAAUUCAUUCUGUAUGGGCUUACAGGAGGAAAGAGGAGCAAAGCCGUUACACUGGAGACCACCACAGCCCCAGGAAAAGUUGUUCCAACUACACCUAGUACUCCUGUCACUCGUCUGGUGAAUUUCAAGUCUACAGAAGUGACGAAGGACUCUGUAACAUUGUCAUGGCUGGUGGAAGGAAUAUUGUUCUUCGACUGGAUUGUACUGCAGUAUAGAGAACCUGAGGGAGGUAUAAGGGAGCUUCAGAUUCCAGGACAAGACUCCAGCACCAUCGUUCAAGGACUGCUACCAUCUCAGAAGUAUGAGUUCACUGUGUACGGACUAAGGGGAGACAAGAGGAGCGAGUCACUGUCCACUCAGGUCCAGACAGAUUAUCCUGAGACUGUUGGUCCUCCUGUGGUCACCGAACUCUACAUAUCUACUCAUGGUCCACAUGCCAUUCACCUCUCCUGGGAGGCUCCAGAGGCCUCCUUCGAGUCCUUCCUUGUCCGAUACAAAGUUGAAAGUCAGGAUGGGCCACUGAACACCGUGACAGCUGAUGGCACGGAUCGGAACCUUCUUCUGUCUGGUCUACAACCUGACACGGUCUACACAGUCACAUUACACGGCAUCCGAGAUGGGAACGAGCAAAGCAGUAUGCAAAACACAGGAAAGACAGCACCUCUAGAUCUGGAGCCCCCGAAAAAACUAAAAUUCAGCAAUAUUCAGGAGAAGUCAGCCAUCGUCACUUGGGAUCCACCAAGUCCUGACACAACCACCUUCAAAGUGUCCUACGAGCCAGCCGACGGAGGAGAACCGGAGAGUGUAAAUGUGGUUGGAACCACCACAACACUGAAAAGGCUGACUCCAGGAACCAAAUAUGAGGUUACCGUUGUUACGAUGCGAGGGUUCGAGGAAAGCUCACCACUGACAGGCUACCUCACCACAGCUGGAGGCGGCCCCCGAUCUUUGCGUGCACAUGACGUGACUGAAGUGUCAGCUCUUCUACGUUGGGAAGCCCCCACUGGACCUGUGGAUCAGUAUUUGAUUACCUACAGAGCAGAGAACAUCCCGUUGAUCACCGUACCGGUUCCUGGAGACAAAACUGAGCUUCCUCUGUCUGGCUUACAUCCUCACACAGAGUACUUUGUAAGCGUGCAAAGUCAACAUGGACCCGCAACCAGUGCGCCAUCGUCCACCUCCUUCACCACUAGUGCUGACACUCCCCGUGACCUCACGGCCACUCAGAUCACAGCCCGAACUGCCGUGCUGACCUGGGAAGCGCCAGAUGUUGAACCUGAUGCCUAUCUGCUCACCUACCAAACACCGCAAGGUGAAGCGAAGGAAAUCCAUUUGCUAUCCAAUAUCACCUCCUUCUUGUUGAAUCAGCUUGACCCAACCACACAAUACACAGUUCAGCUCCACGCCCUUCGACAUGGCUCCGCUUCUGCUCCCAUCUCCACCUCCUUCACUACGGGUCGUAUAAGAUACCCCUAUCCUCGGGACUGCUGGGAGCAGAGGAUGAAUGGAGAGGUGCAGAAUGGUCCAUUCACCAUACAUUUGGGGGGUAGCAGAGAAGACCAGCUGACAGUAUACUGUGAUAUGGAGACAGACGGAGGAGGCUGGGUUGUGUUCCAGAGGAGAAUGGACGGCAGCAUAAAUUUUUACCGUGACUGGCCAGACUAUAAAAAUGGAUUCGGAAACAUAACCGGGGAAUUUUGGCUUGGUAACAUUGCUCUGCACCAGAUCACCUCCUCUGCACCCUACGAGCUGCGCGUGGACCUGCGUGCUGGAGAUGAGUCCGCCUACGCUGUGUAUGAUGAUUUCCGAGUUGAGGGCGAAAAUCAACAAUUUAGACUGCGGCUAGGAAAAUACAGAGGAACCGCAGGGGACUCUAUGGACUAUCACAACAACAUGGUCUUCUCAACCCGCGACCGGGACACUCAGCGGAGGAUCCUGCCAUGCGCCAUGUCAUACAAAGGAGCGUGGUGGUACCGCAACUGCCACUAUGCCAAUCUAAAUGGUCUAUACGCCAACAACAAAGACCACCAGGGUGUAAACUGGAAGACGUGGAAAGGAUUCGAGUUUUCCAUCCCUUUCACUGAAAUGAAGAUGCGCCCUCGUGGCAUGGGCAACUGGCGCCGGCUAUAGAACCCCCCU